AUGGCCGCCUCUUCGAAAAAGAAUACCAGGCAGAACUUCGAUAGCAACGGAGCGAUCGGUAACAGUACGAGCACUGACUCAGAGCAACGACAUCUCUUACUGCACGCCCAGACCCGAACGCAACAGCCGCAAGCCAUGAGUUAUGAUGAGCUGUUACACCACGACGAUGUCUGGAAGACUGAGGUCGAAGCCACGACCGCUCACCAUACACCAUCCACAACAACUCCGGACCCAAACCAAGCCCUCGUCCAGGCCGUGGCCCGCCAACUCGCCAUACUACCGCGAGACCAAUGGUACCUCACCCACGUGCCAUCAGCCUUCUUGCGAGAGGCAAAGCGAGUAGCAGAAGGAGCGAACAUUUUCAUCCACUGGUACUGGUGGCCAUGGCCUGCGGAUGAGCAGCCGAAGGAAAAGCCGCUGGGUAGUAAUGGCUGGCAGAGACGAGAGAUCGAUUUGCUUUGGGAGCUGAUGGGAGAGUAUGAGAAGUGGACGAUGGCGAAGCGAGGGGAGGGAGUGGACUUGGAUGUGGAUGUUAGUGGGGAUGAGGUGUUGGUGAAGUGGGAUGAUACGAGGUAUUGUGAUAUUUGA